AUGCAACUCCAUCCUACUGCUGAUUCAACAGCAGGCACAAAAUGGACAGAUGAAGAAAUUGAGAUGCUUCGAUUAGCUGUCAAUAGAUUUGCUGAAGAUUUACGUACUAUUAGUGAGCACAUCAAAGAAAAAACUGUAUCUCAAAUAAGAACCACACUUAAGAAGAAAGCUUUUGAAGAUGCUGGAUUACCUGUACAAAGGCCAUUAAUACAAUCAGUUCAAACUGUUCAGCAAACAGCGACUCAACCUGGACUUAUUGGUAAAUCAGAGGUAACAUUAAAUAUGUUAAAUGCACCUGAAUCAGAAGUCGAUGUGGAAGGACUUCAGGAAGAAGUUAAACUUGAAUUUGAUGGAGCUCCCGAAGAAGUGACUUCAUAA